AUGGGUGGAUGUGUCCCCUCCAAGACAGCCCAGGCAGGCACUGCGGCUGCGGUCAAGCAGUCAAGCGCCCCAUUGCCCGAUGAUCCCACCGUGCGUAAGAUCCUCGAGGUGCGGGAGAGCCACCCAGGAAACCGCAUGGCCAAGCACUUUGACGUUGACUAUUACCUCUCGUUGAGCGACGACGACAAGAAGGCCCUGAUCAAGUGCUGCCAGAGCGGUAUCGACAACGGCGACUCGGGCAUGGGCUGCUACGCCAUGCAGCCGGCCGAUUACGACCGCUUCAAGCCCUUCUUUAGCAAGGUCCUGGCCGACUACCACAAGGUGGGCGAGGACGCCAAGCACACCAACAACUGGGACCUGUCGGGUGUCGAGGGUCUGCCCGCGGACGGCCGCCUGGACCUGGCUGCCCUGGGUCUGCCGGCGCUGUCGAUGCGCGUGCGGGUGGGUCGCAACCUGGCCGACUUCCCGCUGCCGGGUGCCAUGACCAAGGAUGACCGUGUCAACCUGGAGAAGAAGAUGUGCGAGGCCUUUGACAAGCUCAAGGCCAUGCCCGAGUACGGCGGCGGCUACAACUCGCUGACGCCCGAUCACCCGGACCACAUCAGCGAGGAGGCGUACCAGCAGUUAGUCAAGGACCACAUCAUGUUCAAGGACAUGGCGGCGGACCCGUACCUGGCGUCGGCUGGUAUUGCGGCCGACUGGCCCUAUGGCCGUGGCUGCUACGUGUCGGAGGACCGUGGCUUUAUCAUCUGGGUGGGUGAGGAAGACCACCUGCGUAUCAUGUGCAUGCGCAAGGGCACGGUGCUGAACGAGGUGUUUGACCGCUUGAAGACGGCGCUGGACGUGGUCAACGGCAUUGAGGGCCUGUCCUUUGCCAUGUCGCCCGACUACGGUGUGGUGACGAGCUGCCCGACCAACCUGGGCACGGGCAUGCGCGCGAGCGUGCACAUUGGCCUGCCCAACCUGACGGCGGAUGGCACGGAUGCAAAGGCCAAGGAGGUGUGCCGCCCGCUGGGCCUGUCGGUGCGUGGCAUUGGCGGCGAGCACACGCCGAUUGGCGAGGGUGGUGUGUGCGACAUUUCGCCGAGUGCACGCUUCUGCAUCACGGAGGCUCAGAUUAUCACGGCACUGUACACGGGCAUCAAGCUUCUCAAGGAGGAGGAGGACAAGGCCGGCAGUGCCCCAGCUGCUGCCGAGGCCCCUGCUGCCGAGGCCCCUGCUGCCGAGUCGCCUGCCGAUGAUGUCGUGGAGAAGAUUGCAGCCGUCAAGGCGGCGCACCCGGGUAACCGCAUGGCCAAGCACUUUGAUGUCGACUACUACAACACGUUGAGCGAUGACGACAAGAAGGCCCUGAUCAAGUGCUGCCAGAGCGGUAUCGACAACGGCGACUCGGGCAUGGGCUGCUACGCCAUGCAGCCGGCCGAUUACGACCGCUUCAAGCCCUUCUUUAGCAAGGUCCUGGCCGACUACCACAAGGUGGGCGAGGACGCCAAGCACACCAACAACUGGGACCUGUCGGGUGUCGAGGGUCUGCCCGCGGACGGCCGCCUGGACCUGGCUGCCCUGGGUCUGCCGGCGCUGUCGAUGCGCGUGCGGGUGGGUCGCAACCUGGCCGACUUCCCGCUGCCGGGUGCCAUGACCAAGGAUGACCGUGUCAACCUGGAGAAGAAGAUGUGCGAGGCCUUUGACAAGCUCAAGGCCAUGCCCGAGUACGGCGGCGGCUACAACUCGCUGACGCCCGAUCACCCGGACCACAUCAGCGAGGAGGCGUACCAGCAGUUAGUCAAGGACCACAUCAUGUUCAAGGACAUGGCGGCGGACCCGUACCUGGCGUCGGCUGGUAUUGCGGCCGACUGGCCCUAUGGCCGUGGCUGCUACGUGUCGGAGGACCGUGGCUUUAUCAUCUGGGUGGGUGAGGAAGACCACCUGCGUAUCAUGUGCAUGCGCAAGGGCACGGUGCUGAACGAGGUGUUUGACCGCUUGAAGACGGCGCUGGACGUGGUCAACGGCAUUGAGGGCCUGUCCUUUGCCAUGUCGCCCGACUACGGUGUGGUGACGAGCUGCCCGACCAACCUGGGCACGGGCAUGCGCGCGAGCGUGCACAUUGGCCUGCCCAACCUGACGGCGGAUGGCACGGAUGCAAAGGCCAAGGAGGUGUGCCGCCCGCUGGGCCUGUCGGUGCGUGGCAUUGGCGGCGAGCACACGCCGAUUGGCGAGGGUG